AUGGUUGAAAACUUGGCCGAGCCUCAAUGUGUGUUGAUUACGGGCGGAUGUGGAUUUAUUGGAUCGAAUUUUAUUAAUUUUAUUGCUGAUCGCUGGAAAUCAUCAAGAAUUGUCAACUACGAUAAAUUAGCUUUUGGAGCAUCACCUAAUCACGUGGAACAGCGAAUUCGAGAGUCUAGCAGAUACGCCUUCAUUGAGGCUCGGCUGGAAGACCAGGACGUACUUGACAAGUGUUUACAUGAGUACCAGAGAGUUGUCAUAAGCUACGAUGAAUUAGCUUUGGAGGUCAGUGCGGACGCGCGUGAGAUGACGGUGGAACAGCGAAUUCGAAGUCUAGCA